CGUGCAUUCAGAUCUUCAUUCAAAAGCACGAGCAGUUCAUUACGGUUCACGCGAUCGAGUUGAGUCUUGUGGAUCAAGAACAAUGGCUCCAGUAACAGUCAAAAGCAUUUUAAUCAGUGAAAGUGUCGAUCCGUGUUGUAAAGUGAUUCUGCAGGAGAAUGGCAUUAAGGUGACGGAGAAACAGCAAAUGAGCAAAGAGGAAUUGAUUGCAGAGAUUCAGAAUUAUGACGGUUUAGUUGUCCGAUCAGCAACCAAAGUUACAGCUGACAUCAUCAACGCUGGCAGUAACUUGAAGAUCAUUGGACGAGCCGGAACAGGAGUUGACAAUGUGGACGUGGAUGCAGCAACCAAGAGAGGCAUCAUUGUCAUGAACACUCCAAGUGGAAACACGAUCAGUGCUGCUGAACUCACCUGUGCUCUUUUGAUGAGCUUGUCAAGACUUAUUCCUCAAGCUUUCAUGUCAAUGAAGGAUGGAAAAUGGGAUCGUAAAAAGUUCAUGGGUGCAGAGCUGUAUGGCAAAGUUCUUGGAAUUGUUGGGCUUGGAAGAAUCGGUAAAGAGGUGGCGACAAGAAUGCAGUCCUUUGGUAUGAAGACCAUUGGUUAUGACCCCAUCACCCCUCCGGAAGUUACUGCAAGCUGGGGAGUGGAUCAGAUGUCUCUGGAGCAACUGUGGCCACAGUGUGAUUAUAUCACAGUCCACACUCCACUCAUGCCCUCCACGACAGGUCUCCUCAAUGAUGCCACAUUUGCAAAGUGUAAGAGAGGUGUGAAGGUUGUGAACUGUGCUCGCGGUGGCAUUAUCGAUGAAGCCGCUCUCCUGCGAGCUCUGGAGUCAGGCCAGUGUGGAGGAGCUGGGCUGGAUGUGUUCGUGGAGGAGCCUCCAAAAGAUUUGGCUCUUGUGAAUCACCCUAACGUCAUCGGCUGCCCUCAUCUGGGAGCGAGCACUAAAGAAGCGCAGGCUCGAUGUGGGAAGGAUAUUGCUCUGCAGAUUGUGGACAUGGCCAGUGGCAAAGCUUUAGUUGGAGCUGUGAAUGCUCAGGUGUUGGCCAGUACAUUCUCUCCUGACUCUCAUCAGUGGAUCAGGUUGGGAGAGUUGAUGGGCCGAGUGUUGAAGGCCUGCACUUCUUCUAAACAACCCUACAGUCAGGUCCAUGUCACAUCACUUGGGGAGUGUUUGAAGAAUUCCACUGGGUUUUUGAGCUCUUCCGCUGUAGUUGGACUGCUAACUGAAAAUGCUCAGAAUGGACCCAACUUGGUGAAUGUGCUGGCUCUAGCUGCAGAGAGAGGAAUUACUGUGAAGACAGAUCACAAGCGGUCACAUGAGCGUGAGGCCUGUGUGGUGGAGGUUUUCAUGAAUGGGAGUAGCUAUAAGGCCGUGGGCUCCGUGCAGGCUGGAGUUCCAGUGCUUCUGGAGCUGAAUGGAAGUGUUUUUCGACAGCCUGUUCCUCUCACUGGACACCUGCUGCUCUUCAAGGCUGCUGCCUCCACUGAACUCCUGCUCUCGGUCACUGGAGUUUUGGCUUCUGCAGGUGUGGAAAUGGUGUCCUUCAGUACCUCCACCAGCAGUGGUGACCACUGGAACAGCAUGGGAAUAUCCUCGCUGCUUGGGGACAUUGGUGCCAUGAAGUCCUUGGUGAAAGAGGCUGCACAGUUGACUGUCUGAAUAUCUGGGAAUUAUCCUGUUGGGAAGCACUUAUCAUUCCAGCGUCUAAAGCUCUGUUGUCUGCCUGAGCUUUAUUGUUUACGGAGUCAUUUUUUGUUUUUGUUAUUUGUUAUCACUUAACUUGCUAAAACCACUUAUUUGUAUUGCAAAAAUAUGAAUAUGUUGGAUUAAAACUCAGAUAACUACCA